AUGGCAACUACCAACCGGACAGACUACGAUGAAAAAAAAUACACCGGAGAUUGUGUAGAAUCUUUGAGGACCAAGUCAACGUGGGCAAUGAGCCCAAACCCUACAGCUUCGUUUAUCGCAUAUGAAGUGCUUAAUCUACUUUCUCAAAAUAACUUUAUUACCAUUCCACAGAACAGUUCAUGUUCACCAGAACAAAGAGGAAAAUGCAGCCUAGUUUUGUUUAGUGUUGAACAAACAUAUCAUGGACUUGACCAUAUUUCAGACAUUUCAAGUUUCUCUCUAAAUUUUCCCGAUGCCCUCUCUAUUCAUCAUCUAACUCAAUGGCUUACGAAUGGCAAUGCUCGGAGGAAAAAUCGUAAUACUUCAAGUCCCUAG